GAUAAUUCUGUGAUACUAUUUAAAUAAAGUCGUAAGCGAGAAACAAUUCAUUAUUGAAGUAUCGCUUUCUUAUGUACAGUUUAUAAAAGUAAAAAUUAAGUGGUAGCGAUUACUAUCAAAAAUGGCUGCAGCUGUAAAAUUAUUAAAUGGAAACAAAUAUAAUGUUGUGGACAGCGAAUUAAAUUAUAUUAAUUCAAAAUUUAUUUCGUUGAACGAUGAUGAAAAAAAAGUUACAAGUGCUUUUUUCACUAAGUUUAUCGAUUCAUUCGUGAAGGAAAUGAAAAAGGCUGAUAAAUUGUUUGAAAAUAUGUAUCAAACAAUUUUACAUGCUGGAAGCUAUUAUGAUGGCUUAAAAGUUGGUAAACCAGAUGAGUACGAUUUGGAUUUAAUUUUUAAAUUACCCAUUGAUUAUAAUGAAAUAAAAAUAACAUCUUCACCAGGGAAACCUGGCUAUGUGAAAUUAAAAGUUAGCGAAUUAGAAUAUUUAAGAUUGAUCAAAAAUCAACAUUGGAAUGACCGUUACAAUGUAAUGGCUGAUUGGUUUGAUAAUAAUAAGUUCUUCAUACCUGAUAAAUUUCGAUGUUGGCUUCAAUCCGUUGUCCAAAAUACAUUUAAUCAACAUAAAUUCCCCAAUGAAUUAAUGGUAACCUUUACCACAUCUGGUCCAGCAAUUACGUUACAUGUAGAAAAAGGCGAUAUUAAAUUUAGUAUUGAUUUAGUACCUGUUCUUAAAAUGGAAAAUCGAGCUCCACCUCCGGCAAUUUGCAAUAUAAAAGAAGCGGAAAAAUCUGCAGAUGGAAAAAAAUUAUCCUGGUAUGUGGUUCCAAAACCAGUGAAAACGUCAAAUGGAAGUAAUUCUAAAAGUAAUGAAGUGAAUUUAAAUUGGCGAUUAGCUUUUCACGAACAUGAAAAAGUCUUAAUUGCUGGAAAUGAAAGACUAAAACCUGCGUUACGAUUGUUAAAAAAAUUUCGUGAUUCCCAAAACUUCCCAAAAAUCGCUAGCUACUAUUUAAAAACAAUUUGUUUGUGGGAGUUGAAAAAACCCGAAAAUAAUGGACUAUGGACAUCGGGAUCUUUGAGCUAUGUAUUUGUCCAUCUUUUGAAAGCCUUUUAUGAAUCGUUAAAGGUUGGUAAAAUCGAUUACUACUGGCAAAAGGAAAAUAAUUUACUUGCGGUUGUUAAGAAAGAUACUAUCGAUAAUAAUUCCAACACACUAAAGAAAAUUAUUGAUAAAAUCGAAGCGGAUCCAAGAUUAAUUCCAUCUUUUAUUUUAUCAAAGAGAGAGUAUGAACAAUAUUCCAACCAUCGAGGAGAUAAAAUUGGAAACGUGCCGAAAGAAAAGGAAUCAGACAAAAUUUCAAAUCAAUCAUCACUUGAAAAUUUCAAUUCACUUCACCGAGAGAUACAGAAAGUGUUUGAACAAAAGGAUCCAGGCGAAAUUUCAAAUACUAAUAAUCAAUCAUCAAUUGAAAAUUUUAAUUCACUUCAUCGAGAGGAGAAACAUAAACUAAUUGAAGAAAAGGAUUCAGAAAAAAUUUCAAAAACUAAUAAUCAAUCAUCACUUGAAAAUUUCAAUUUACUUCAUCGAGAGAUACAAAAACUGAUUGAAGAAAGCGAUUCAGGCAAAAAUUCAAAUACUAAUAGUCGAUCAUCAAUUGAUAAUUUCAAUGCACUUCACCGAGAGGAGAAACAGAAACUGAUUGAAGAAAAGGAUUCAGGCAAAAUUUCAAAUACUUAUAAUCAAUCGUCAAUUGAAAAUUCAAAACUUCACCGAGAGAAACAGAAACUGAUUGCUAUUGUAUGCAAUGAAAUCAACAGUGUUCAAAGUAUUGAAGAAUUGAAUGCUAUAAAAAACAUCUUUACGUCUAUUCAAUUCUUCAGGAACAAUUCCUCGGGCUCAAAUCGAGAACAGUUACAGUCAACAAUGAACAAUGCAACUGAUUUUUAUACACACCAUACAUAUAUGUAGUACAUUAUAAGUUUAGUCUAAAGUUUUUUACGCUUAUUACAGUCUAAAUAUUUGACCUUUUUAUACCGUGAGCUCUCAUAAUAAAGAGAUAACCUUAUGAUUAUUUAAACCUACCUUUCUACAAAAUUGAUUAAUGUAAGUUUAGUAAUUAAUAAUAUCGAGGUUUUAAUCGUGGUCAUAUUAACACGAUAAUCGGUAAUUAAGAUUUUCGAUAAUGUUUUCUGUCUGAGAAAAUUAUUGAGGACACUAAUAU